CCUGAGUACAUAUCCGUUGCAACUUCAACGGGAAACAUUUCCUCACCUAUAAAACAUUUCAAAAUUUUAACACUCAUCAUCAUUUUCAGCACCAAAAAUUCUCACUACAAAAUAGAAAGAAAGAAAGAAAGAAAUGGCAGCAUCAAGUUCCAAGCUAAGAAGCUCAUUUUCCUUCCCAAACCUUGUACUUUCAUGCCUAAACUUAAUCCUUUUCUUACUAUCCACAGCAUCACUUGCUCCAAUUCUUCUCCUUAAAACACAUCCAACUUCCUUAGGCUAUGUUCUCUUAAUCUCCUCUUUUAUCUCUCUUUUAUCCUCCUUCAUCGGCUUCUACUCUCGCCUUACUCACUUCUGCUUCAUGACCCACAUCUCAUUUGUCCUCGCCUCGCUCGCUAGCCAAAUCCUUGGCUUCCUCGCGCUAUUUACUAAAGAGAAAUCAAGCCUCUCGAAGCUCGAUUCACCGAGGGAUCCUAAGGAGGCAAAGGUGUUGGUGAGAUUGGAAUGUGGGAUUUUGAUGGCUAUGUUUGUGUUGCAAGUUGUGGUAUUGAUAUUCACUUGUGCACUACAUAGGUGUUGGAUGAAGGAGUAUGAAGGAUUGGAGGAAGAAAGGGAGAAAAUGGCGGUGAAACGAAGUAUGAAGAUGGCUGAAUUUGGUGAGGACUCGAUGGUUGAUGGGGCUAAGAUGUCUGAGGAAAAGUCUAAGGAGUUGGAUGAGAAGGUGAAGAGUAAGCUUAAGUUAUGUGAUUAGUACUAUUGUACUAUGUUGUUUCUGGAUUUGUAUAAUUGUAUUACUUCUAGUAAUCUCUGGCUCACGUUUUAUAUAGUAAAGUGGCCUGUCAUCGCCUAUGUGAUCAUCUUGUAUUACUCCCUCCGGUUUUUAUUAGUUUACAUGUUUUGACUUUUGCCAUCAUUCA